UAAGAGGUUAAACAAACUCUAAUCUAAUUCACAUUGCAUAGCCAAUUGAAUAAAAUGAACGUACCUUGUCCUUCUGCAAUUUAGUAGUUGCAGCAUUGACCCGUCCAACUUGAUACCUAUAAAGCAUUGGAAAGUUGCUCACUGAAACUUCCUCGCAGCUUCCUUUCUCAAAGUAGUGACCAUAAAAAUAACAUUUAUCACAAAUCAAUUUCGCCCGUCCCGAUAUGAUAAUGAAAAGUUCACCAUAAAGCAGACAAAGCAAAUAAACACGAAAGCAAAGGGAGACUUUCAUUGGGAAAAAGAACCGACAUUGUAAUAAUGUGUCCAACGUUACAUCUGGAAAUAUCAGCAUGAUGGGCUAAGGAGUAAUGUUGAUCCAGUUGAUCCAAAUAUCAAUUAAUCGGGAACUCUACCAAACCAGUUUAAUAGUCGUGCACCUCAUUUGAAGGGACAGAAUGUUCAUUCGAGGAGUUUUGAAGUCAUUGUCCUCGGGAGAUAACGGAACACGUCAACUAUUAUUUAGGUUGAAUGGUCUUGUCCCCCACGUGGAUACAUCAUACAUCAAGCUUAAUUCUGAUGACUCGGCUCAAGGGAAUCCUAGUUUGACUAGAGCUGGAGGGGUCUUUCGUGAUCAUUUCAACCAACUGGGUUGUGGGUUUUUCGAAGAAAGUGGGAAAGACUAGCAGAUUAGUGACUAAGCUCUGCCCAUAGCCAUUAAAAGGGAGUUACCUAAACUCAUUGAAACUGGCUCUAAGGUUGCUCCUACCUAGACUUAAUUUUUAUUAGAUCAUGGUGACCAUGACCAUCACUACUUACUGGGUGUUUUGCUUUUGGAUUGCUGGACCUUGAUAAGGAGUAUUCCAGACAAUAGGAUCUUCGAUGUGUAUUGUGAGCCAAUGAUGUUUUUGACUUUCUGGCCAAACUUGGACCUAUCUUGAUUCUAAUUUUGUUGUUACAGAGGAUAAUCCUCUAGAACUUGCUAUUGCUAAUAUAUUACCAUUCCUUGGAUCUGUACCUUCUAUCUAACCUCUAAUAUAUUUCUUUUCUAUCAAAUAGAAAACCAUCAAUCAUCAAUGGGCUAAAAAAGUUUAGUUUAAAUAAAUUAUCAGAGGCUGG